GAAACAAGAAGUUUAUGAUUAGUUAAAAGUGACAGUGUAUUUUUGCCAGGUAACAGAACUGUAUCAUCAAAUGUUCAGAACACCAAGACUCACCACUGAAGAAUCUGCCGCAGCAUGUUGCCACCUGUGAAGAAGGACAGGAUCAUCACUCAGCUUCCAAAAUGUUUCAGUCCAAAUGCAGCCCUGCAUACCGAAGAUGACUUCCACCAACAGGUGAAGGCUGUCUGUCAGGUACAGAAGACAGACAUAGAGAGCCUUAAUGUCGCCAAGGUCAUUGUAGUUGGAGAUGUUGCAGUUGGGAAAACAUGUUUGAUCAGCAGGUUCAGUAAGGGUGAGUUUGAAAGGAGCUACAAGGCGACUAUAGGGGUGGAUUUUGAGAUGGAGCGUUUCGAGGUGCUCGGUGCUCCCUUCAGUUUACAGCUGUGGGACACUGCAGGUCAGGAACGGUUCAAGUGCAUCGCUUCCACCUUCUAUAGAGGAGCACAAGCCAUCAUAGUGGUGUUUGACUUGAGCAGCAUGAGCUCGUUAGCACAUGCCAGGCAGUGGCUGGAGGAUGCCAUGAAGGAAAAUGACCCAUCCAGUGUUUUACUGUUCCUUGUCGGUACCAAGAAGGACCUCAGUUCUCCUGAUCAUUUGGCUCAGGUUGAGCAGGAAGCCAUCAGACUCUCAGAAGAAAUCAAAGCCGAGUACUGGGCUGUGUCUGCAAAGUCAGGAGAUGGAGUCAGGGAUUUCUUCUUCCGUGUGGCCUCUCUGACUUUUGAGACCAAUGUUUUGUCUGAACUUGAGAAAAGUGGGUCAAGACACGUCACUGACAUCAUCAGGAUCACAGACAGCACAGAAGCUGGUCACAAACCGACCCAGGGGAAAACCAAGUGCUGCUGAUGAAAGAUGAAGGGACAACAGACAGCCUGGUUACACUGCAAAGACAACAAAGCAACAUGAAAUGGCACAAUGAACAGGAAGACAGAACUGAAACAUGGACGCAGUGUGGACAUUAUGAAUAGACCCCAUAAAAAGCAAUGUUAUACAUAUUGUACUCUAAAGAUGACCUGAGAGGGAAUUAGUAAUAAUGCAAAUUGAGGCUGUAAACAACAAGACCUCAGCAAGAAUGUUUGUCCUGCUGGCCAGAGAAACAAAUAAAGCUUUGAGAUACUUGGUUAUGUAAAGAUCAAAAGCAGAAGAUUAUUCUCUUCUAGAUCAUUUAUAAACUUCAUUGGUAGAUGCCCUCAUAAAUAUGUGUCUGAAGCAACAGUUUUCUCCUGUUACAGAUGAAAAGUCAGCAGCAGACAUACUGCAUUUCUUGGUCUCCUGUCAUGCGUCAUUGCUGCUAAUGUGAUGUGUACACCAGCUCCCAUGACUGCGGUCAUACCCACAUCUCUCUUCUCUGACAUAAGGCCCCUCAUGAUCACAAAAAUGAAGGGAUUGUUUGCAAGCACAGAAACAAGGAGCGAGUUUCAUCUGAGACCAACUGAUUUGCUCGCUCAGUAAAAGCAGAUAGGAGGAAGAAGUGCAUCUUCUUAAGCUUGCAAGUGUUCCUUCUUGUCCCCUAGUAAACACUGAUAUGGAGUCUUUUUGAUCACUGUGUUGCCCUUUUCCUUUUGUUAAAAUAAAAAAGCUAGAUAGCAUAAACAAAGCACGAGGUUGGGAAAAUUCUUCAUAUUCUGUUCCUAGAUAAUCAAAUUUCAACCAGGAAGAAAAACAAGGAUGCAAAGCACACAUGGACGUCCCAAAUGGCAGUUUCUUUCCCAAAUGAACUUAAACCAGAGGGAGGGAUUAAUAUGAACACUUUUAUUAAAGGGAUCAUGGGUAGAAAAGGUCAUCAACAGCACCAGAGACACCAUUUCUCCUCCAUCACCAACUGCUGCCGACAACCGAUCACAGCCUCUCUGAGAAAGAUGCAAUAUCUUAAGAGACGCAAAGUCAAGCAAGUUUACUCAAAAAAAAAACAGUUAUUUAAAACAAUAUGCAUGUUAUGGGACUGUGAUACUUUGCACGCUGCAAGAUGAAGCACAUCACUGGAUACCAGCGCUGCUUGUUUGUACUGUGGCACAGAGGCACAGCCUCAAUACAAACAAACACUGAAUGCACAAGUCAAGAGUCAGAGCAUCCUAAAACGCAGCUACAAGAUUCAUGAUUUUUACAACAAUAUAUUCAUUUUACGGAAGAAGCUGCGUGCAGUUCAGAUUAUUAUACAGAAUCAGGAUUACAAACACUGUGGGUCAGCUCGGUACUAUAUUGUGCUGAUAGUGUUACAGUUAAAGAAAUUUGAACUCAGCCACUCUAACAUCCUAAUUUUUUUGUUGCAGAUAAAAAAAACAAACAAACUGACAUUUUGUGGCAAAAGCGAUACUGUCAGGGAUGGAUUGCAGCAGUGGUGUGAGAUCACAUCCUACAAGGUGGCAAACAUCAAACAAAAGUUAAAAGUAAAACACUCAACUGCAAAGACUAAAGAUACAAGACACUGAAAUUAGAGCAAACUUCCAAAUCACCCUCUGACAAACUGCCAUGGAUGCUCUGUGCGACAUGCUGAGCUUCUUCAACAUGGAUCAUCUGUCAAUUAGAUUUUGUUACUAAAAUCAGCCAACUUAAAAUGUGAGCUAGCGUCUUAUCUGCCUCAUCUAAAUGUACAUGAAGUGGUCAGAUUCAACUAGCAUUAGCUCUGGUGUGGUACAUGAGAUGUGUCCACACAGUACAUUAGAGGUUA